UCAAGAUCUGGGGGCAAAGAUGCCAGCGCGAAAAAUUUUCUUAAUAAGGGAAAAUGUUCAAUUUUAUUUCACAUUUUUCAAAUUUUAUUGGAUUGAUGAUUUUGUUUUAUUGCGAAUCAUCAUUUGAGUUUAUUUGAGAUUAGCUAAAACAGUUAAUUGAUUUUGUUAGUUUCCCGGCAUCCCUGCAGAUUGAGCAUGAGAUUAUGUAUACAUGUUCGAUCGGGGGAGUUUUAAUGUGACAAACAGAAGGUGCGAAGGAGUUUUUCGUACCCGAACAAGCAAUAUGUUGUCGAUGUCGAAGCAGUCUCCUCAUCUUAUUCCUAAUUAAGAAUAGAACCAACGACCGCAUUUAUCUGGAGAAUCCUUGGGGCUUCUACACCUUGCCACCGUAAUUCAAUAGUGCUCUUAUAGAGGACCAACUACGACAAAUCGAAGCAGUAAAAUGGCUGGUGAUUUCUCCGGAUGCACGGCUCGGAAAAAGAACCGAGCCCAGUCGGUCGAAUACAAUCCGGCCAAGAUCGAUAAUGCGGAGACGUCCAAGCAACAAACCAAUCCGCUGACCACUCGUAGCGGGCUCCGCGUGUACAAAAUCGUGAUACUGGGCGAUGGUGGCGUUGGAAAAUCAGCCGUUACGCUGCAGUUCGUGAGCCACAGCUUUCUCGACUACCACGAUCCAACGAUCGAGGACUCGUACCAGCAGCAGGCUGUCAUUGAUGGCGAGGCAGCUUUGCUGGACAUUCUGGAUACCGCGGGCCAAGUCGAGUUCACUGCCAUGCGUGAUCAGUACAUGCGCUGCGGGGAAGGCUUCAUCAUUUGCUACUCGGUCACCGAUCGACAUAGUUUCCAGGAGGCAUCCGAAUACCGGAAGCUGAUUGCACGUGUUCGACUCACGGAGGAUAUUCCGCUGGUGCUGGUUGCCAACAAGCUGGAUUUGCAGUCCCAACGAAAGGUCUCGACUGAGGAGGGCAGAACACUGGCCAAACAGUUUGGGUGUCCGUUUUACGAAACAUCCGCCGCGUUACGCCACUACAUUGAUGAAGCGUUUUUCUCACUAGUUCGUGAAAUACGAAGGAAGGAAGAACAGCGUGCGCUUAAUAGUGGUUCAAGUUCCGAGAAAAUACACUCGCGACGACGUAGCCGCUGGUGGCGGCUGCGUUCGAUAUUCGCGCUGGUGUUCCGAAGGCGUCGCAAUACGAAUGGAAACAACAAUAACUAAAAGGGUACUUAUUCCAGGGUAACAUACGCGAAUUACGAUUUCAGACCACCACACACAUGCUUGGAUAACAUACAGCUGACCGGAGAAGGUCAGCAGUUCAGUGUCUCUCGUGCAACCAUCGAAAUGUUCAGAAACUGUUUUCUAGGUUAAUACUGAUUCCUCAAAUGGUAGAGGAAUUGAUUCAAACAUAAUAGAACCGUUGUGUUCCAAGUCCGAUGAAUGUCGUCUUAGAGAAGAUUAGAUGUCAAAAGCAUUCGACCAAGUAAUGGUAAUGUUGUUACCGAGAUUUCAAAGCUGUUUUAGGAUACGUUUAUGACGAUGAGUUGUUGAAUAGUUGGCUAAGGAAUUUAAAUAUGAAAUAUCUUGAAUCGGCCGGAACGAGAAUCUAACUCACAUGAUAAUAGGACCAGCAAAAAAGCGCACCAAUGAUGUGGAGCCUAAAUUUAAGCACGCCACUUGUUAAUUUCAUCAACACGCUUCGAAUCAUGCGAAAUAAGAUUAUUUCGUCUUAUCGUGUAUUUUUUAUUUGUGUUUUUCGCAUGCGUAUUGGACACACAAUUGUUCAUAUUAUCGAUACUACCGUAAGCAUUUAAACCCAACUGUCUGUGAUUUCAUCAAACUGCUGCUACUACUUAGCUUUACUUUCAAAACAUACGGAAAACGAACUUUCAACUAUUACUAGACUAUUUCUUUAGAAGAUAGUGUUCGUUUAUUUAGUUCCAAUCAAACACACAUGUUGAGUUGUAAUCGUAGCGUUGCAUAACCAAAACUAGGCACAUUAAGCAUAACAGUAUUGAAUAGGAGUAGUUAUUGAAAAAAGUCAUACAGGGUUCCAACAUAAAAUGUAAAUCCCUUCACAUAGGCAAAGAGAUACCAAAAAUCAAUAGCACCUAGCAUAGUAGAUCCGUAAAUGGAGGAGAAUGCACAUACUGCAAAAAAUAGGUUGAAUUAGCAAUUAAUUUAUUCGGAGAUGUUAUGAAUCCGGCUAGCAUUCUCGUAUCAUACUAAGCUCAUUCGCCUCCCACUUUGAUAUCGGUCAUUUAGGUGAAUGCCUGGACUGGAUUCAAUCUACUACCGUUCUCAUAGCAGCGGAUGCGCAACUAUUUGGCGACGAGGACGUUUUAGGUCGUUCUCAUUUGAAGAUACAACGAGUAUAGUGUCUGUGUAAAUAUCCGCGUACUGAGCAACCGACAUCGCACUCACCAAGAUUUAAUUUUUGAGAUUAAUUUGGCUCAUUGUGAUCGUGAUACACUUUUUUAUUCCUAUCCAUAUAUUUUGAAAGGAAUUUCAUUUGAUAAGAAACAAAAUUGAAAGCUGGAGUUUUUUUUAAUUAAUUUUCUCCUAAAAAUUGAACCGCUCUGCAAUUCGUUCUUCGGUGCCCAACUAAUUUCUUUUUUUUUGUAUUUUGUUGCAAUACCAAAUACUGUUAAGUCUUCGACUAGAAUCUUCAAAACCCACGAAAAUCCACUUCUUCUCCAAUUUUUACUUUUACUUUUUACUUCUAAAAUAUUAUCUAAUUUUACUAAUUUAAAACAUUUAAAUUAACACAACUUUAUCAAGUACUAAUUUUUCUCAUUUUUUCAAUAGAAGCCACAUAGUUGUUCGUACUUUCCGCCACGUAGCGUACUUUUCGAUUUAGUGUGUUUGUCUUGAACUAAAAACUUAAUCCCAAGACAAGAAAAAUUCAAAAGCUCUGUUACAGUUCAGAUUCGACCAUAUUUGUAAAAGGAUUUUUCAUCAAAAAUGAAUCUCUUAAGUCUUUCGGAAGAUUCAGGUUCAGCUGAAGAUCCACAAAUCAACUGGAAAUAAUGGUACCGAAGCGGAACUUAUCAAGAUAAACUCGGAAAUUGUCUGCAUCGAGCGAUUGUCAGAAUUGGAGAAACGGAACAGCUUUAGGAGGAGUGGAAAGACGGGGUAUUCCGCCUCAUCUAUAAAAAAGAUGACAUACUGGAUUGUAAGAACUAUCAUGCAAAUACGAUCCAGGAUGUCAUUCCAAAUUAUCUUCCUAAGUCUAUCGCCACUAACGAACAGGUUCGAGGGGCAUCAUCGAAGGUCGGUCUACUAUUGACCAAACCUUCGUCUGCUUUGCUGUUGAUGUGGACAUUGUUGGCAGAAGAUUCUAAAUGGUAGCAGAACAUCACACCUGACUUAAGAAUGAGGAUAAACCAAACGUUUGUUUGAGAAACCCCAUAAACGCCAUUUUAUCGAAAUUCGCUUUUUGACAGAUUUUGAGUCCUUGAUGGUACCUACAUCGACUAUCAAAAUUUUAGAAAAAGUUAGUUCUACGAACCCCCCAUAAAUUGGGAUUGCAAAUAUUCGUUUGUUCAAGAAACCCCAGAAGUCCAUGUUUCUAAUUCUCACCAUGUGCAACACUGGAAUAUACCCAGGUUUUUUUACGCGGUUUUUUUUGGGCGGUUUUUUUACGCGGAUUUUCCAAUUAACGCGGUUUUUUUUACGCGGUACCCACGUAAAAAAUCAUCUAGCAAUCUUCUAGCAACAGCAGAUGACCUCAUUCGUGAGGAAACCCGAACUAUAGCUAUCAGUAACCAUUGAAAUUGCAGGAAAAAAACUACGGGUUUUCGGAAGCGAGCUACACUCAACUUUUUACUUCCGUUCUACGUAAAGAUAGUCCCAUUUCAUAUCUAUCAUUAGGUGACAUGGUUUUUUCUACGCGGUUUUUUUACGCGGAUUUUCAAUUAACGCGGUUUUUUACGCGGAUUUUCUAAUUAACGCGUUUUUUUACGCGGUUUUUUUUACGUAUCCCCCGCGUAAAAAAAACUGGGUGUAGAUAUACAAUUUCGUGCAUUGUUUACAUCCGAUGUCGCAAGAAGCAUGCUCACCCAGACCCAGACAUGACCGCGAAAUGUAAGCGUGGUGUUCGGCGGGCAACAAAAAACAAAUCGGAAGUUUUAAAACGGGCAAGAGUCAACGGAAAGGUACGCAAAAAUUAGAAAGGGAAAGGACGUUCCAGCAGUGAUAUUACUCAAACGAUUUGAGAGGUAAACCAUCUUUCGGAAACCCCAAGCUAUGAACUGUAAUUCAUCUUGUAAUACAACACAUUUUGUCGUCUCCCGUAAACGCAUCGAACGAUAUCAAACUACCAGAAACUACGCAAAAAACAACUAUUUCGUUGGAAAGCAGUGGCUGGAAAACCCCAAAUAUUCAAAAAAUUCACUUCAAGUUUUCAUUCACCCAGUUUGCUCACUCGAAAAACUUCAAGGACUUGGCGGUGGAAAAGAAUCACAUAUGUGACGCCAACAGAUCCUCUAUCUUCCUCCACUACGUAUUUUUGUAUUUCUUUUUCAUUAAGAGUAAAACAUAUAAUACUUAUCCGACCCCUCUCACCCAUCUCUCUUUUAAUGCAGAACAUAACUUGUAAACAGCCCCAUUCUUACUUGGUAUGAACAUUAUGAACAUUAAAAGUACAUAAAAUUGAAUCGAACCACUUCAAAACCGCCAAAUAUACCACUGAUUUCUCGUUUGUUUGAGAAACCUCUUAAGUCCACCAACUUUGAAGCGUUAUAUUUUGAGCUUAACCUGUUAUAUUGGUGAAGUAGUGGUUCAAAAUAAAAUGUUUUUGGUCUAAUAAUCGAACCUCAUACCAACAAAUUGGAGGACCAGGUCAAAAUUUUGAGAAAAACGUCUUUCAUUUCUAUACCGGGGUGUAAAAUCAAAGUUUCGAAAAGGGAAGCAUUACGCCGGAGACCCAGAUUUUGAGUGUUAAUAGCUCCUAAACAACCGAACGAAAUGGUAAGAUAAACACUUCAUUCGAAAGAUAAAAUGUCUACGUGUUAUAUACUUGUUACUUUUUCAUCCAAAAACUUGUUUAAAUAGCCUUAAAAUUGUUUUCAAAACGGGCUAUUGAAAUGACCAAUCGGUAUAUAAGCGAGCGCCGCUCGGAAAUCCUUCCAGUUAUAAUUGAAUAACGAUUAGAGUAUGUUGUCGCUGUUGUGGUGAAGUUAACUUCGUUUAAUAUGAAAGUGCUGAUGAACGGUGUCACCAAGAGCCUGUUUGUGUACCUUAGGCCAGAAGGGAAUCCAUCAGGAGGAGAGUGAUGCCACAAACGGUUCCGCUUGAGACAUCGGAGCAGCCACCACACUAUUUUCGUUUGGUUGCCAUCCAGCAUCGAGAAGAUUCAGAAAAGAUGCCAUUGUAGCUGAAAAAUAAUCUACCAGUUCCCCUUGGAAUUGAAAAAUACAUUCAUGCGAAAGAGUUUAUUUUAAUGUUUUCUAUCUAUAUAACACUGCAACCAAAUACAUUUGGUUUUGUGGUUUUUCAAUCAAGUGCAAUGGUUAUUAUUAUGGUGGUUAUCGAGUUAGCAUUAACCACUGGUGGGCUUCGAGUAUCGAGAAGAAUCUGGAAAGAUGUUUUCAUUGCUGAAAAAUAAUCUGCCAGUUCCCCUGGGAAUCGAAAAAAACAUUCAAGCGAAAGAGUUUAUUUUAAUGUUUUCUAUCCAUCUAAUACUGCGACCAAAUAAAUUUGGUUUUAUGAUUUUUUAAUCAAGUGCAAUUAGCAUGAAAGCUUCUAAAGAUUAUUCUUCCCCAUCAGUAGAAUAUUUUGUUAUCCAAUAUUGGAUGCAUAUAACCUUGUGCCUCCAACGUGACGCUCUCGUUUUCGAAGUCCUCCAAAUAUUCAUUUAUUUAUUCAUUCAGAACGGGUUCAGAUUCAACUUCAAACAAAUGAUCACUAAAUCAACGAUAGUCCUACAUCGCCUAUGCGGUUAUAGCAUAGAUAUAACCCACUGUUUUUUUUCGUUUCUCGCAAGCGCGUCAAAUAGACUUACCUAAAAAAUAAAAAAUAGGGGAAAAUCUCUUUCGCUGCUAUUUUCAUUUCGUCUUAUGAUUUUCAAUACUUCUUUGUUCUAUAGAUUUAUUAUCUUUCUAAUCCGGUUCCUUUUGUUAAAAGAGGAUAUUAAAAUACAUGUAUCAAACCAUGAAUAAACAACUUACUCGACGUUGAAUUGUUAGGUACCGCUGAAGUUGAAGACUCAAUAAUGAAACUCAACGAAAUUAUGAGUUCUAUUUUUUAAAUAUAGCUGAUAUCUAUAUUGAAAGAAUCGUAGAAACAUUGACACUGGAACCACACAACGUUGCAAAAGAAACUGAAGUAAUGCGGUAUUGCCACGAAAGGUCUUUCCUUUUUUUUCUCAUACAACGAACUGAGUUCUGACUUCUGACUUCUGUUUGCAAAGGAGUAAAAUCAAUCUGCAAACAGACUAUUAUUCAAUCAGUUUGUGGGAUAGCAAAUCUUGUUCAACAAUUCAAAAGGACUGAAUGUUUUCAAUAGAUAUUGUUUUUUAUAUGCUCUGAAUGAUAUGAUUUCGGAUUUCAUAAAUAUUAUUUACGCUACCCUACUUUUAUUCCUUUUUUAUAACAUUAAUGAGAAAUUUUGUGAUGUUUAGCUCAAAUUUAUAUUUCUUCCUCUACAGAUUACUGUGAUGUGAAAAUUUUCAUCAAUGGAUUAUAAUAAUUUUGAUUUAAUUGGUUCCUAGAUAAAAUUUGAAUAUUGAAAAAAAUAUAAUAAAAAAAACUUGCUAUCGCUUUUCUCACUAAAACGACAAUUCGGGCAGUUUUGCAAGCAAACGAUUCAAAUGCGUCCUCAAUGAAAUACAUGCCUGCUUCCGGGGUCAAGCACGGUAGGGUCCGAUUAGGCAUUAGUGUAGUGAUCGACGGCGAUGAGUUCAAGGUAGUGGAUCGAUGUGUAAACCUUGGUUCAAUGGUAACUGACUGACAUUGAUCACCCCGAUUCUGCAUUCUGAUCGACUAGAAAUAUUUCGAUCGUCUUGACAAACAGGCUUUUUCUGAGCGGUUUAUGAGGCUAGACGACAAUUGUUAUCUCACCAUUACGGAAUUCUUUACACUCUAUUCCGAGAGUUGUGACGUCUGAGGUUCAUUUUGUAGUAUGUGACAGAAUGAUCUGAAUCUGUGUGUUAAUUCUACUGGUUGUCGCAUUAGAUCAGAGAUCCUUUAGGAUCUCCUUAACAUUGUUUUGCAUGUUUUCCGCUUAAUGUUGCACAUACUGAUGCAGGGGUAGUAAGUAUAGAAGAAUAUCUACGAAUUCAGAGGGUAUGCUGGCCCUUACCUAGUCUUGAUCAGCAGAACCCGCAGUGUGCGGCUUCAUUCGCGUCAACUUUGAGGCUCCGUCGAUACUGGAAAUCGAAGGAUGAAGUCCAAAGCCAGAAAUCGAAUUAAAGCUGAGAUGUUCAAAGCAGAUCCAACCUUAUCAGCACAUAUCUGGCAUCAACUCUUCAGCGAUAUGUGGGAAACCGCGACUUUUCCGGCCGACUGGAUGCAUGGAAUCUCAAUGAAGGUUUCCAAGAAAGGAAAUUUGAUCGAAUGUGGCAAUUGACGCGGCAUCAUGUUGCUGUGAUCCCCAACUUCCGACGACAGUAAGCCGGGUCCGUCCCAGCCGAUCAUGCGCACAACACAUGGCCCAUACUAGUGCAAGUGGAAAAGCGUUUGACCAAUUCGAGGCGUUCUCAGAUCUGAGAAAGUCAACUGGCGCAACUUUGCGGCGAACCCAGCAUCCAAAAAGUUGCCAAGACUGGAUAUGUUGCAAGAUCGCCGGACAGUAGCCCCGCAAAGAUGGUGUUCAUUAUCGUGUAGCAAACCUUUGGAUGGUGUGGCCCGGGAAUGAAGACUGCAUUGAAGGAACUGCAGUCUUGGAUCAGGUGACUGAAUUAGACUGAAUUAGGUGUGAUUUAGAUCUUAUCUCUCCUGGGAUGUAGUUUUAUCUUGAAACAACCUUUUUCAUCGUGAUUAAUGUGACCUUUGUUGGAACUGUUGACAGUAGACCGAUCCGAUGAUUACCAAGAAAUCCUGUAACCAUGGAGCAACUGAACCAUCUUGGCCUUGUCGCCGACGUUGUCCGGCUUGCUGAACGGAGAGCUGCAUAGCAACUUGAUGGUCUCUUCCAUAAGUUCCAAGGCAGCAGGUCGCACAGUAAGUCAUCGCAAAGCUCAAACCAAUGGAAGUAAAUACGAAGCAUCCCUCCAGUUUUACGGUAUCCGGACAACAGAUGUAGAAGGUGAAAACCUUCAAAUAUCUUGGUAUCCAGUUUACGCCAGAAUGUGAUACUAUGCCAGAAAUACCCACACAAACCAAGAAAGCUCGGUGAGUCUUUGCAGGUCUCUCGAACCAUUUGGCGCUCAAGUCAGAUCUUACUGCCUGCGAAAACCCAAAUACUCCAUUCAAAUGUCGAAUUUGUACAAAUAUACGGCUGUGAAAAGUUGUAUUCUCUGAGGAGCCAACGCAAAAAAUGCAAGUAGUUCAGACACUAGGAUUUCUAACACGGACAUCGGAAAUGAAUCGGACACACUUUAAAAAAGGGCGCAAAUGAAAUCUGGAAGCACUCGAGUGGAACCUGCAAGAACAACGAAGAAGAGACAUACCCAGAGGUUCCUGGUGAUGAAGUUUCGUUGCGUAUAUACAAACAUUUGACGAGAACCUUGCUGGCGACAAAUCUAAACGAUAGCGCCAAUUGUCAGUAGAGGAGUCUUUUCGUAAAGUCCUAUGCGCUAGACAACCGACGCAGCAAGUAAGAGGUAUAUGCAGUACAACAAUAUUCACAUUGUACUCGACAUGAACACUGAUUUAUUGUAAUGUAAUUCGAGAAUCCCGGUCGAAUAAUAACGAGAACGAUCCGCUUGCUCUUCUAUUCUAGAUAACCACCCCUAUUCUACAUUCCGCCGGAUUUGCAUUUCGUUCGAAACCAUUAUUUCGUUCGAGUUAUAGGGCCCUAUUAUAUAAAUCGAAUCGAGAAGCCGAUAGAAUCACUUUCAUUAUCAUGCCGAGUAAAAUUUCGUAUUUUGUGAACCGAGUAAGAGAUUAUUUACCGAGCUCGAAUUUCAUGUGUUGCGAUUGCAUAUAUUUAGACGUUUCUGAAAUGUUUUCCAAAGAAAAAUAUCAGAGACGCAAACCAAAACAAAAUAAUCCUCUGAAGGUAUGCGACAAGCUAACCAAACCACUCGAAAUAUUCUGACAGUUGCAUCGAUAUCCGUCACUCGGUCGAUGCUAUCGACUUGUUUGGUAUUUAUAAUAGUAAAAUAGAGCUAACGAGUGAAAUUCUUGUCGGCUCUAUUUCUAUAAAAGGGCCCAUAAUUGCGUUUUCCCUAUUUCGAACGUUUUGCCAAUUUAAGUGCGAUUCACAUACAACAUCCACGUCACGUUGCGUCAAUUAUUCUUCCAAGCAGUUCUUAUGCAAACAUUCACAUACACCGGCAACGGGAACUUCGACUUGCCGUUGCUGGUGUAUGUGAAUGCUUCAAUAGGAAUUCCAAGGAAGAAUAAUUGACGCAACGUGACGUGACGGAACGUGAACGUGACGUGGAUGUUGUAUGUGAAUCGCACUUUAUUGUGCAGAAUAGGAGUGAACAUUUAUUUGCUUGUUGCUUGUUCGAAGGAUUGACUACACUAAUAGAAAUCCUUACUCUACAUUUAUAUUUCUUAUCUCAAUUAAACUUAACGCCGGUCAAUGAACAUUUUGAAGAUGUGCGUCUAAGAAGAUAUAUUUGUAAGACACAAUUCUAAUAGAGUCGCUGCUUUUUCGCUCAUAACUGUUACUUUUUCGGCGCACCGCAAGUCGCAUUCGGGCCACACACCCUAUGAAAAAUAUCAGCUCAAUCGGACUUAAGGGAGAGUGGCGCAAAGUGGUCGAGGUUUUCGAGGUGAAAAUUUUGUAUAGGGUAACUUUUUGAUUUUUUUUCCAUACUUUCAUUGCCACCCUAGUGUUUAUUUAACCUCUACCGCCGAAAACUUCUAACUUGAUAACAGUGUUAUAGCUCUGGUGUCCCAAUAAAGGAGACUCAACGGUUCGGUGAUAGAUGAAUGCGUGUUCUUCGGAUCAAUGAAGGUCCUCGACAACAUCGUUAGUUAGGGUAUCCAACAAUGGGAUUUGAGUAGGCACAAUUCCCAUUUCUGGAUCUUCUUAGUGUUAUACAUACAGAAAAGCCGUAAACAUGAUUGAUAAGUUUUGCUGACUAUUGAAGAUGGAGUGCAAACUGUAAACAUGCUGCAACCUAUAUUUGAAACAUUGUUCCCCGAUGUGGUUGCUUGUGUACCGAUUGGGACGACUUGUGUUUCGUAACUUCCUUUUUUCUUUUAUAAUACAAUUUUAAUUCUUUUUUUUACGAGUGACGCGUGCGCCGAAAAAAUUGCGUAAAAAAGAAUCUAGUGUACAUGCAGUGAUAUUUUUCGGUACUCAGUACAGGAUAGAUAUUCAGAACUAAUCAAUUUACAAUUUUUUCGAUUUCCCGUUAAGCUGCUUAUUGUAUCAGUACCAAUACUAAGUAGAAAAGCUGCAGACACAACAUCAUUUGACAAUUGUUCAUUAAAAUCAAAUCCAUGGAAUUAGUAGAAAUUUCAAUGCAAAUGGUAUCAAAAUCACGUUUAUUCCAUCACGUAUCAAUUAUUCCAUGAUAACAAAUUAUACACACAAUGGAUUCUCUCGCACGGGAUCCAACAUGCUUUACAAGAAAUGGAAAGAAAAUGUGAUUUCUCUGCUUAGACGGUGUAUACAUUUGUUUGUCAAUCCUAGAUACAAUGGAAGGAAUUAACGAUAACAAAUUUAGUAAAAAUACAGCAAUAUUUUACACAACCAAGCACGGAUAACCUGACUUCAGUAUGAAUCACCUAAACAACAUAUAUAAAAAUAAGCUGAAUUCUAGUCUAUUCUUUCUUGUUAACAGUCCUCCGUAUGAUUUCCAACUUAUGAGAAAUGACAAUAAUUCUCCAAUAAAUACGCAUUUAAUUUUUGUUUAUGAGAGAACAACAAAAACAAUCUCUAAUUACGUUACUGAUAGACAAACCGUAACCGCCGAGUACACAUUGUAUUAUCCUUAGAGUAUUAUACAAGUUAGUUUUCCCAAAAAAAAAAACUUCAGUAGUGUAUGUUCUAGUUUCAUGGUUUUUAGUUGAAUGACAACCUAAGUUUAGCAGUUCUAAACUGCAGCAAAAGUUAAAUCAAAACCAAGCGUUCGGCGAUUAAAAAUAUUAGAGCAAACAACUUAUCCGGAACAAAACUUAUUUUUGUUCUGGUACAAAUGAGAUAAACUGAACUAUCAGAGCACAAAUUGGGAAUGACAAAACGAUGAAUAGAUAAUUAGUUGAUUCUAACGAAUCAAAUGUAAUUGAAAAAGGGCAUAGAAGAUACACAUGUAACUAAUAGAGGAUAAUAAUAAAAAGAACAGAAAACCAUUG